AAAAAUCCGGGCUGCUUCGGAGUUGUGAGGGUAGGGGACGGACUGUCGGGUAUCUGCACCAUUUUCUGCCAUUUUUAAGGCAAAAUCGGGAAAAUAACAACUUCGGAAAGGUCGGGGAACUCUUCUAGGUUCGGUUGACCAUCACUGUGUUGAACAGUGAUCCUCGGGAAUUUUUAUAUGAUUUUUUGUUUCCAAUUUUUUAUUGACGGGGGAGCGGCAUUCUUUAAGGCUAUCCCGUGUCGUGAGCGCGGAGCUUUCUGAUUGGUGGCGCGCUUUUGUGAAUGACUUUAUUUAUUAUGCAGGACGACGCAAGCGACCGGUCGUCCAACCACACGAGAGGAAUAUCUGUGUUGCUUAGCUCGGACACACAAGUCGGCCUGCAAUGGGGACCUCGUGUUGAAGAAUAUAUCCCCUUGACAAAAAUAUAUUUUCUGGCCAACCUUUAGUACACAUUCUUACAACAACAACAACAACAACGCGCGAGACGCUGUCGGGGUUUCAGUCUGGUCUCACUUUACUUGACAUCGUGCCAAGACGAUGUCUGGCUCCGUGGACGACCCCGUCUGCAUUCACCGGCCCAAGCGUGUGAGGUCCUCGGACUCCCUGCGGCUUCGGCCCGAGCCCACCGCCACUGCCGGCCCGCUCAGUCCCAAGCGCUGCCUCGAGCUGGACGGAGUGAUCGACGUGCUCCGAGCCUACGACUCUUACGAAGGAGGCGUGAACUGUUCGAUUUGUGGUAAACUGUACAAGAGUAAAGUGUGCUUCACCAAACACCUGUGGGAGCACUCCGUGUACUGGGAUCUCUUCGACGGGGAGAAAAACCACGACCGCGUGCUCUCCAUACAGGCCGCCCUGAUCCUCUAUAAGAACUUCCAGCUCGCGGAUCGGGACCAGAACAGUCUGUCGUUCCUGCUGGUGACCGGCCCGCACAGCAAGGACGCCGCCAAGUCCGAGUCCAGGAGCAACAGCGCCUCCCCGAAAACCAAAUCUCGACACAGGCACGACAGCAGGGGGAGGAACGACAAGAGCCACAGAGAAUAUGCACAUUUUCGCGGUAACCAUGACAACGGGAGUAAAGAACACGGGAGUUUCCAUAGCAACGGAAGUUCGACUGAUGAAAAUACAGAACGCUGCUCGGGUGAUGGGCGUGACAAUAUGACAACUUUAUUUGGCGAGAAUCGUUGCCAUGGUGAUGACUAUGACGUACACCAUCGAUCGCCAGUAUCGAAUGGCGGGAGUUUCCAUGGCAACAGCUGCCAUGACAGUCGUUUCUAUGGUAGUGGCAAUAAAAGAAUGAAAAUGAUUUAACAUGCUUUUCCAGCAGCAACACAUGAUUCCGGAAUCCUAGAGUCUUUUAUUUAGAAGUUUAUGAUUCCUGGAGGAAAAUGGAAGUUUUAAAAUAAGAAAACUCUAUGAGUGAAUAUGUUUUUCUCGACGGAAAGCCCUGGCCGGGACCAUUUUAUUCGCUAGUAAAACUAGCGAUGAAUUUUGAAAAAAAUGUUGCAAUGCAAAUAUGCAAGAAAAACAGAUACUGUUGUGUAAAAAGACGAGAAGUUGUAAAGUUUGGCGCGCUUUUGUUCCAUUGUAUAUAAUGUUCAACACAAGCGCGCAAAGAAGGUAAGUACUAGUGUUCAAUAGAUUUAAAAAAAAAAAACGAUGUAAAACAAGUACAUUUCAAUUUGUUUCACCAUUCUGGUCAUUUUUGUUGUCCCUUGUAGGGACCUGUACAUGAGGAUCCACGUAGCAGGCACUAUAGGAAGAGUUUUCUUUUUUUUUUACCUUGUUUAGCCAUUUUAUACUGAAAGUUAUGCUUUCGUUCAUUUAUAAUUCUGUUCGUUUCGGGACUUAUUGUUGCUGUAUAAUAUCGACAUUAAAUCAUAUUUUCGAAAGUAA